AGGCGGGGGCCCGGCGAGGCUGCGCCCACGGAGAACGCCGGCUGCCAGGCGCCCGGCCCGCAGGGUGGCCCGCUGAGUGGGGCGCGAUGCUGCUCCGGAGGGGCCCCUGGCCCUGGCGCGCGCGGCUGCCGCCGACCCCCGGAGCCCGUGGCCGGACGCCUCCGCGGCCGCCGAUGCCCCGGGUUUUGUGUGUGAAACUGUGUGGAAAUCUGCAAGUCUAUCAAUCACAUCUUUAUAGUACAGUGGUGCCAUCUGAUGAAAUCACAGUUAAUUAUAAACAUGGCCUUCCCUUGAUAACACUUACUUUGCCAUCCAGAAAAGAGCGCUGUCAAUUUGUAGUCAAGCCAAUGUUAUCAACAGUUGGUUCAUUCCUUCAGGACCUGCAAAAUGAAGAUAAAGGUAUCAGAACGGCUGCCAUCUUCACAGCAGAUGGCAGUGAAUUUGCAGCUUCAACCUUGAUGGAAAUUUUGCUAAUGAAUGAUUUUAAACUUGUCAUGAAUAAAAUAACAUAUGAUGUACAGUGCCCUAAAAAAGAAAAACUGAGUAGUGAGCACACUACUGAGAUGGAAAGCAUGAAAUCCUUGAUUCACAGACUGUUCACAGCCUUGCAUUUAGAAGAGUUUCAGAAAAAGAGAGAGCACCAUCUGCUGGAGGAAAUUCACCACCUGAAGGGACAGCUGCAGCCCCUCGAACAGAUGAAAGCUAGAAUUGAAGCUCGCUCAGAAGUCAAAACCAACGGACUCCUGUGGGCUGGGUUAGCGCUGCUGUCCAUUCAGGGCGGGGCAUUGGCCUGGCUCACUUGGUGGGUGUACUCCUGGGAUAUCAUGGAACCAGUUACGUACUUCAUCACAUUUGCAAAUUCCAUGGUCUUUUUUGCAUACUUUAUAGUCACCCGACAGGAUUAUACUUACCCAGCUGCUAGGAGUAGGCAGUUUCUUCACUUCUUCCAUAAGAAAUCAAAGCAACAGCAUUUUGAUGUGGUGCAGUACAACAAGUUAAAAGAAGAUCUUGCUAAGGCUACCGAAGCCCUGAGACGGGUGCGCCACUCUCUGUAUUUGCAGACGCAAGUAGAGGAAUUUGAUGAAAAGAAGUAAUCUUACAUUUUUAAAUGUAUUCUUUGAUGUUCUCACUUGAGAUUUUCGGUUUGUGGAUUUUCACGGCUUGUUGAGGUUUACUGCUGGAAGGAGCUUGGAUGUGUCCAUCAAAAUCAAAGCUGCUGCUGUUACAGUUCAGCACUGAAGAAGCUUUGUCAGCCUGUCCUGUGUUCAUUCCCGUGCGCAGGUGAAAUGGUCAGUGUGCUUGGUUUCACUUUGGUUCUUAGGCUUCAUUUCGAAUCAUCUGGUCAUUAAUUUCUUUUUAAAUUCACAGUAGUUGGAAGAUUUUUAUCAUUAAAUAUAGUUAAAAGUAAUUAUAAAAUGUCAUCUGAAAUGUUUCAUCUUAAAUAGUAUUUACUUAGAUACUAUUUACCAUUUGUUGUCAAGUAGUGUUCUAGGAACUUCACAUAUAUAUUAUUUGUAAUCCUGUAAUCUUAGGAGAUAAUUGUUUUUAAUCCCAAUUUAAUAAUAAGGAAACUGAGGUUCAGAGAGGUUAAUUUGCCCCACUGCACACAGUUAGAAAAGACUGAAGCAUCUACUCACAGUAGAUCAUAAAUCUUUAUAAAUGUGCAACUAAUGGUAUUUAAUCCAUCAUCCAGGAUAUCACCUUUUCCGUGUUUGACUAUGGGACAGAAAGAGUAAUGAUGACACCCUGAUAUUAAGAGAUUUGCUUGAAAAAAAAAAUACCAGUGUUUUCAGGGUGUAUCUUUUGAUCAAAUUAGAUUCAGACUUCCUACACCUUAACUAGAACAGUACACAGUGAUCACCUGUUGGUUUGUAUCAGUAUCUCCAAAACCCGGAGAUUCUGAAUUAGCCACAUAUUAGUGUGUUUUAUGAACAAGCUAAGAAUAUGAACUAAUGUUUUUAUAAUGAAUAUGACCAGGUUAAGUAUUAUGACAAACCCUUAGGAUAUGUUCCGCUUUUGAAGAACUCUAUUCCAAGGAAGAGACAAGACUGUUAAUAAUAAUGAAAGAACAGGAAUGCCGUUUGCUUUAUUCACUGAUGCAUCCAUCCUAAGUGCCUGGCUCCUACGAGGUACCCAAGAAAGACAGGUUUAAGGUCUGUAGAAUUUUCAGGUAUAGUGCUGGGAAAAAGCUGAGACAAGAAAGUAUAAAGGAUGGCUUCUGAAUUCUCAAACACUCUGAAGAAAAACCUGGGAAGAGGGGGCAGACUAGAGCAGGGAUUGGCAAACGAAUACCUAUGCCUGUUUUUGUAAAUAAAGCUUUACUGGAACACAGCUAUGCCCACUGAUACACACACUGAGUGUGGAGAUUCUCGCACUGUAACAGCAGGGCUGACUGCAGCAGAGACAGCAUGGCUUGCAAAGCCCAACACAGUUACUCUCUGGCUCUUUACAGAAAAAGUUUACUGACCUCUGAACUAGAAUGUGAAAGACUGUUUUUAGGGCUUCAGAAAAUGUCAUGUGAAAAAUAAAUUAAUUCUUAGUAAAGAUAGCUCCCUUUGACUUGUAUCUUCCCACUUUACAAAGAUUUUAAAAUAAAGUUUAAUUCUUCAGAGAAGGAACUGUAUGUAGGUCACACCGUACUUACUUUAUGACAGGUGAAACUGAUUUCUGAGUACCCAGGGGGUGACAGCUCAGUGAUCUGAGGCAGGACACUCUGACCUUUUUUACUACUUAAACUGUAGUUUCUCAAAUGAGACAUGUCAUUUAUGUUAAACCUUUAGAGAUCAGUUAUUAACAGAAAUAGAGUAUGAUCUUUCCACUCAAGUUCCAAGUUGUAAGUUAAACAGACUGGAACUAAAACUAAAUGAAUCCAAAUAAAUUAUGUUAAUAUUAUUACAGGAUUGUUUUAUCUUGAGACAACUGUCAUAAACAAAAUUUAGCUGUGUCCCUGUUGCUUCCACAGCUCUAAUUUGAUGUCAUUUUGAUGCCCAGAUAUGUAGGUACCAAUGUCACGGCAUCUGAACCAGAGGAUUUU